AUGAGUUACAAUCAAACCGUACACAGCGCUACAUCAAUAUUGAAGAUGAAUUCCGCACUGCAAAUUAGCUGCCUUCUCCUCGUUCUUGGCUGCCUUUUGGGCUCAGGACACGCUCAAAGUGAAGCCGAGUUCGCGGCCAAGUCCCGAGAAAUAAUCCAGAUUUUCGGCAAUCCCGCCGUCGAUAAAUACACGAAGGUCCGCAAUUUGCCCGCGCUGGUUGCCUUUUACGAGAAAUACUCCAGCCGCCUACGACUGACAGCUCAGGAGAAGAAGGGUAUCGAUAAUGCUAUAAGGCAGUAUCGGGCACAACAAAACCAGAAAGUUGACGGAGUAUCUGCACAGGGAGGACCGCUGUCUUACAUCUUAGGGAAAAUUAUUAAAGUCAUUAUAAAGGUCGUUGAAAAAGAUCACAAGGAUAAGCUGUAAACUUAAAAUUCGUUCACCAAUUGUCAAGAUGUUUUAAUUGUAAACCUAUCUGCUUGAGUAAUAGUCUACUUUUCAACAAAUGAAUA